GGACAAUUCGGUGUUGGGUUCUACUCUGCAUACUUGGUUGCCGAGAAGGUGAUUGUGACCACUAAGCAUAAUGAUGAUGAGCAGUACAUUUGGGAAUCCCAGGCUGGUGGCUCAUUCACUGUGACCAGGGAUACCAGUGGGGAGCAACUCGGAAGAGGAACCAAAAUCACCCUCUUCCUCAAGGAGGAUCAGCUGGAGUACUUGGAGGAGAGGAGGAUUAAGGAUCUUGUGAAGAAGCACUCGGAAUUCAUUAGUUAUCCCAUUUAUCUUUGGACUGAGAAGACGACCGAGAAAGAGAUUAGUGAUGAUGAGGACGAUGAACCCAAGAAAUUGAACUCUCAAUUGUUGUAUCGUCGUGUGUGCUGAAGUGAAGUAGCUUGAAGUCACAUGUGUUGUACCGAGAAAUGAUUGAUGGGGCGCGCAGAUUUCAUGAGCAGGAUCCUGAGGUGAAGAGAGAGAUCUAUUCACGUGAUAUUUCAAGGAUGGUGUAUUACAACACCAACUUUGAUUUGUACACAACACCUGCGGUUAAUUGGAGGGAUACACUCACUUGUGUAUUGGCUCCAAGACCUCUUGAUCCUCUCCAACUCCCUUCAAUCUGCAGAGAUAUAAUAAUUAAGUAUGCAGAGUAUGUUAAGAAAUUGGGACUAGUUCUAUUUGAAUUGCUUUCUGAAGCAUUAGGCCUUAAUCCCAAUUAUCUUAAAGACAUAGAUUAUGCAGAAGGGCUUUUCAUGCUUAAUCAUUAUUACCCUCCUUGUCCUGAGCCUGAACUCACUAUGGGAACAAGUGGCCAUUGGGAUUCUAGCUUCCUCACUGUUCUCCUACAAGACCAAGUUGGUGGACUUCAAAUCUUCUAUGAAAACCAGUGGAUUGAUAUCACUCCCAUUCCUGGUGCUCUCAUUAUUAACCUUGGUGAUAUGAUGCAGCUAAUCACAAACAAUAAGUUUGUGAGCUCCAAGCACAGAGUUUUGGCUCGAAAAACAGGUCCGCGAGUUUCGGUUGCAUGUUUUUUUAGACAGCAUCUUCAACCUGAGAUUUCAAAAGUGUAUGGACCAAUAAGGGAGUUGGUGACAGAAGAGAAUCCUGCAAUGUAUAAAGAUAUCACAGUGAAGGAGUUGAUUACACACAUAUUGGAAAUUGUUUCUAAUUGUAAUCUGCACACAACAAACAAGGAUUCAGUAAUUGAGGAACCUGUUUCUAGCAUGGGAGUUUGUCUGAGUGCCCAAGUUAAAGUUGAGAGCCUCUACAACACUGAACAUACUUAAUGAUUGGGAUGACGAAGAAUGCUUGAAGAUAUUAAAGAAUUGCUGGAACCAUACACCGAAUGAUGGGAAGGUGAUUGUGGUGGACAAAGUUCUUCCUGCAGUGCCAGAGCAGACAGAUGUUGCUAAGAUGGCUUUCAGGUCUGAUGAUGUUUCAAAUGCCAAAAGGGAAGGAACGAACCUACCAAGAUUUGUAAAUCUGUAUAAUGAUUGUCAAAUUUGGUAAGCUAAUUGAAGUAUUGGAUAGCAUUGUAUUUUUUGCUCAAGUUGAAAAGCUUAUUGAGAAAUUAGAGUUUUGAACUCGAGAUUUAUUUUGUAUUUGAGUAUUAAUGUAUAAAACAAUUAUAGCAAAAAUUAUAUAUGUCAGUAAUUACUAUUUAAUUUGUCUUAUAAUAAAAAUUGCA